AAAGAAAACAUUGCGACGCCGAACGACAACAUCGUGCCGAGGCUCGUAUUUCACCGAGGCCGACCCCAGGGCCCGACAGGAUCAAGUGCCGAGAGCAAAACCGAACAGGUUCAUCCUUUUCGGUCUUCGCGCAUCAUUUAAGUAGGUUGUUCCAACGGCCGCUUUGAAACGCGCUGAGAGAAAGCUUGCGCAAGCGCUCACCCAGAGAACGGUGGCCGUACCAAGCGUGAAGCUUUCGCAGUUUGACGUUUCUCCACAGCGGAGGGUGGCGAUAAGCGUUUGAGUGUUUGCGUGAGAGGGUGGGUGUAGCGCGAUCCGAUGCAAACAUACCGCUCGGAAAACGGAGAGAGACGUCAAGCACAGGCAGUCAUUCACCGUCAGAAGAAGCAACCAGUUCACACGGAACGGGGCUACGACAGAUCGCGCGUCGAUAUAUUGGAAUUUUAUUUUUCUUGCCCACUGAGAGAGCCGUUCGCCGCCGCCGCCGCCGCUUGUCAGUGCACAUAGUGUUCCUGCGAGUUCAAUCGAGAGCAAAAUACCGAAAUCGGACAGUGUGUCAUUAUCCGGUCCGAAACGGGAACUUGCCGAUCGAUAAAAGAAGAAUUGGUUGGCAAACGGGAACUUCCUCUCGGACCGUAUCUUGUGAAGUGAUCAACAUAUUUCAAAAGCGCAAGAAUUUAUGAACUGUCAAAGUGGGAGUCAUCGUCGCGAGUGACACAAAACAUAGCGCCUAUCGAGAGCAGUAGAGAGAAUUCCUGCUGCGAAGAGAACGAGCGGGACAAAAUACACGAUUUUUUUUUCUUGUGUCGCGAAUAAGAAAGAAGUCGCGAUUUCUGAUCGCCGAAGCUGUCGCCGUCGCGCAUAAUUCAAUGAGCAAACCAGAUUGAUACGGAUCAAGACAUGAAUAACAAGUGCCCAAAGUACGGUCGGAGAGCGAAACAUUCAAGUUGAAGAUCAUCUCGCACUGAGUCCAUCGAAACGAAUUCCAACUAAGAAUUUUGACUCUUCAAAUCGAGCAUUGGCCGACAAAAAAGCUGGUGAAACAAGAGAAGAGGGCGAAGUAAUUUCAUUUUAACAAGAUUCCUGUUUCUUCGCUCUUCGUUGGCAGUGUGUUUCGCCUCCGCUUCGCGCUGCCUCAGCACACCACACUACUGUAAAAGUUUAUUCUGGUUUCCUCGGCCACCUCAACUUGCUCGAGUAUUCUUGGUCGGAGAGUCAAGUCUGAACAGGCUAGUGUCGACGGUCGACGGCUGUGUGCACGUGUAUGUGUGGCAACUUGGAAGCGAAACCAACACAAGCUAGGCGGCGCAAGUUACCAGCUUCCAAGAAGUUCAAGAACUUGAGCACCACGACGAGUUAGUGGCAGAAGCAGCAGCAGCAAACAAGAACGCAAAAACUGGCCCGGGAGUUUUGAGUUUUUCAACUACGCACGUACAAUGAACGAAUCGAAAUCUCUGAUCAUUGCAAAUUAGUUUUUUUUUUGUUUCGCUGCGAUUGCGUGAACCCCGAGAGUGCGUCGGAAUGUGCUGGAACGGGAUGGUCCACCGAAUCACCAGUUUUAAGCAACGGAAAAAAUCCAGACUCAUCUCAAGAGUCGAAAACAAGUGAAGUGGAUGUUCGAGUACGGAAACCUUAAAGCAAUAGUGCAAUGUGAAACCUAGUUCAAAAUUGUUAUCGCAGUUUAUAGUUUCGGAGAGUAAACAAAGAAAUUCAAUCAAAUUAGUGCCUUUCGAAGUGUAGCGCAGAGCGUGAAGAAACGUGUGCGGUUGAUGCAAGUGUCGGGAAAAUGCCUCACAACAGUUCCACCGGUGAUGAACUCGGUAGUACGGACGAGGUUAAAGUAUUCAAAGAUGAGGGGCGGGACGACGAGAAGUUGUCCGAGAAUCUGCUGGAGGAAAAAUCCAGCUUGAUUGAUUUGACUGAAAGUGAGGAGAAAACGGUUAAAAAUGGAACUAAUCGGCAUGAGGCGGGACCGGUUUACGGGAAGCUGCCACACGGCCAUCCCGGGUUUAACAUGGGAUACCUGGUGCCGCCGUAUGCGUAUCCGAAUGGUAGUGCUGGAGGUCUGCCGGUGUCAAUGGCUAACAAGAUUGGAUUGCCUCCUUUUUUCUGCCACAACGGCGAUCAUCUGUCGUCACCUCCACCUGCCCACUGUGGAAUAUUACCGUACCAACUGGAUCCGAAAACCAUGGGACUAACGCGACCUCCUCUGUACAGCUUCCCCACUAGCCAGUAUCCUUAUCCAAUGUUAAGCCCCGAUAUGCCACUAGUGGCAUCGUCAUGGCAUACACCUUCAAUGUACAGUCCAGCGACGGGAUUUCGCAAUCCGUACCCAGCAUCGCUUCAGAUUUAUACAUCCCUGCCGAGCGACUUCUAUCGGUACUCACCCAGUCUCCUUCCAUCGGUACAUUCCCAUCCGAUGCUGAACUCACAUCCAGCCAUAAUUACCCCAGGUCCCAAGCAGGACAUUCCCGGUCAAGACUCCAGAUUUGGCUCGGGUCGAUCCUCAAAUCCGCCCACGAUCAAACAGGAGAGUGGCGAAGAAGGAUCUCAGGGCGGCCGAUAUUCGUCCGGUCAUAGUCGAUCGUCCAAUAGCCAUCACAAUCAUUCACAUCACGAACAGAACAAUCACAGCAACAACAACAAUCACCAUCAUCAUCACAGUGGCGGUGGUCAGCAUAGAUCACUGUCGGAAAAGGAGUUGGCAAUGGAGAAGAAGAAAAGUCAUGUCAAGAAACCGCUGAAUGCCUUUAUGCUGUAUAUGAAAGAGAUGCGAUCGCAAGUCGUAGCGGAAUGCACACUCAAAGAGUCAGCCGCAAUCAAUCAGAUACUGGGUCGGAAGUGGCACUCACUUACCCGGGAACAGCAGAGUGUGUACUACGAUAAGGCCCGCCAAGAGCGGCAGCUUCACAUGGAGCUCUACCCAGGCUGGACAGCACGGGAUAACUAUGGAUAUGGGGCUAAGAAAAAGAAGAGGAAAAAGGAUCGAAGUCCCGCAGAUCCGGGUGGUAAUAGUAUGAAAAAGUGUCGAGCGAGGUAUGGUUUGGAUCAACAGAAUCAAUGGUGUAAGCCGUGUAGGCGCAAGAAGAAGUGUAUUCGAUACAAGGAGAUGACGGACAGCGAGGAAGGCAGAGACCAAGGGUCGGAUGAUGCAAUUGGAAGCUGUGGUAGCAUGGACGAUUCCAAGAGUCCUGAAGACGACAGGGAGUCAUUGAACCAGUCGAUGUCGAGUCCACGAAGUAUGAGCGUUCUAUCCAGUUUACAGUCUCCGUCUACGAGUAUAGCAUCACCGUUGAAUCUGCUGGCAAGUCCGGCAACACCAACCAAUUACUAUCAUCAUCACGAUCACUUGGGAUUGGCCUCAAUUAUAGCGGCCCAACACCAGCAGCAACAGCAAGCCCUCCAAAACAGUACCAGUGACAAGCUGAACAACAUCAGCAGUGACAGUGGCCUUAGUUCACAGCUGAACAACAGCUACAGCAACAACUUUAGUCCGUACAGUAACCAUCAUACGAUUCGGAACAGUUCGAACCAGAACAGCAAUAGUACCAGCAAUAACCUCAGCUCGGCGGUCACUAGUCCACCAGAUCUCCUGAACGGUGGCACCAGUAGUAACAAGAAUCAUCACAGCAGCUCCGGUAGCAAUAGUCUUCCUCCACAUCACCAACAACCGCAUCCACCUGCCACCGGGCCUCCUCCAAACGGAAGCAGUAGCAGCAGUAUCUCAGCGUUACAAAUUCCCCCGCAUCUUCAGCAACUGAACCUGUCCAGCUCGUCACCUCCCACAUCGAUCAACAACAACAGCUCAUCACUGCCGACGAGUCAAAUCAAGGAAGAACCCGGCUGCCUCAGGAACAGUCCGCCCAACUUCCUUCUGCACCACCAUCAUCUGGCGAUGGCCGCAGCAGCAGCAGCAGCUCAAAUGCACAAAAACAACGGAGAUCUCAGUUCGACGGGAGAUCUGUCCCAUAGUUCCAACAGCACGACGAACAACGACAGCGGACGAAGCACCGGCAGCAGUCAAGCCAACAGCACUAGUGAUAGGUAGUUAACGCCCAACAGGGAAAGACAGGAGAUAAUUCGCAAGGGCAACGCAUAUCCUCCGUAUCCCCUGAAACGAUGCGACGCCAAGGGGUAGAGGUGAAUGCCAAGUGUCAAUGUUCUAACUGUGAUCCAACGAGCGAGAACGAGAAAAUUGCGUUAAACACAUCCUUUCGAGCCUUUCGGGAGCUCUCCAGGAACAAGAAGAAGUGCGCCAACCCUACUUAAUUGAUCAUUUUCGAGGCUAGUUUCGAAGCCCAUUAUUAUCGCAGUCAUUGUUUGCAUUGAACCUGGAAGCAGCAGCCCGUUUAACAGCGCACCACAACAACCACCACAGCGUGGCCACCACAAAACCAGGUGAUGAGAAGCGAAGAAGUGAAGCGCAAACGAGCGACCGGGGAAAGAAAACGGAGAGAGAGAAUGCUUAAUUUGACACAUUGUACCCCUGCGCGCAAUCUCCCCAAGUUCACGCAAAGGAACCCUUCUUUAUUCCCUGCUACAAGUCGUCGUGGUCGUCGUCGUCGCCAUCGUCAGGUCCGUCCGCCAUCAUCCUCGCCGUGCCCAAGUUCCGAGGCAUUUACGAAGUUAAUGGCAUUCAAAAUCGAAAAACACAGCAUCACUUAUUAAUCGUUUGUCCGUUGUUUAUGAGCAUGAUGAGCGAACGAGCGAAGAAAGAGCCAGACCAAGGGAGUUAACCACGAGAGCCCACGAGACCGGAGUAUGCGCAAACGGGAAGCGACCGGAGACGAAAAGGUUUUUUUUGUCUCCUCUUUAAUGGUUAAGUUUCUGUUUUCUUUUAAGACAUUCUUUUUAUCUCCUUUCUCAAAACAACAACAACAACAACAAAAUAACGAAGAAAUUAAUGUGAGUGUGUGAAACGAUCAAUCUCCUUCUUGGAAAUGCAAGGCCCAAACAGAAGGGAGUACGCGUCGAAGAGUAGGAAGAAGGAGAAGCAGCAAAAAUGACCAGAAGAAGAAUUGUUUGGAAACAAGUUUCUUUCACAGUCAGAGAGAUAGCCAAGAGUGAGGUCAGGGUAGGAAGCAACAAGUUCAAGAAGAAGCAAGAGAGAAAAUCAAUCAAGUGUGAUACAAAAGCAAUAAUAAUAACGAAGCGAAUGAAUAACAAGAAGAAUCGGAAGAAAAGCAAAAGCAAGCAGAUAAAUUAAAGGAAGAGUUAUGAAGUGAGUACACACUUUUCGAACCUCACCCCGUCGUCGUCUUGAUCGUCGCCGUUGUCAGCCCUCCGAAUGUGUGUGCGUGUCUGACGAUGUCUUUCGCGCCCGCGUAAGGAGCUUCGAUUGGGGAUCGUUCCUCGUGUUGCCUCCUGUGUUGCGAAUAAUUGAGCCCAAUUGAGCUCUUCGAAGGGAAGGAGGCAACCGAUCGUGUGUGCCGAACAUGUGCGUGUGCUGUUCGUUCGAUUUUUGGGAUCAUCGUGAUUGUGUCCAUUGUUUGUCGAAUGCGUGCGUGUGAGGGUUGUUUUUGGAAAGUGUUCCGAAGAACACUGCAGGAGGUAUCGAAACGCUGUGCACGCGCUUUUCUAGAACGCGACUUGUCCGGGAAAGAAACCGUGAAACUCAACUCGACUUAAUUUGGUUCAUUCGGUUGGUUGGAGGCGAUGAAGAAGAAACGCAGGCAGAAUUGACGCACGUCGGUUGAGCCUUGCUGGAGAAAUCCGGCGAGCGAAGAAUGGUGCGGAGGAUAAUCGGUUGGUGGUGCUGCUUCCGGGGAGUUUCGGUUUUGGUGAGCAAACAAGUGCAUCUUAUUAAAUGGAAUUAGUGACCGGUAGCCGGUCGGAUCGAGAAUGCAAUACACAUAAUGAGGCCUUUUACACUUGUUCAAGGAGUUGCACCCGAAGUAUAAGUAAGUCCUAGCAAAUCUCUGUUUGGGGUUAUGUUGUUUCGAAAUUUUAUUGACGCAGUGUAUGACUGGCUGGUUCAGUGAAGAAUGAUUGAUGUAGAUAUUCUGUAUUUGUAUUGAUGUAAAAUAUGACUAGUAUAUUUGAAAGAUGUGACAAGAUAUAGAGAGUAAGACUUAUUGAUGAGCACAUAUUUAAAAUGUGGAAGCGAUUGUAAUGUAAUAAACAAACUCAAUGAUCGGAAUAAUCAAAACAAUUUACCCAUAAA